AUGGCUCUAGUACACGGCUCCUGCGACCCCAAAUUUGAGCAAGUUCGCAACCAACUCCAGCAGUUCAUCGAGUCUGGAGAAGAAAUCGGCGCCGCCAUCACCGUCAACAUCGACGGCAAGGAUGUCAUCGACCUGUGGGGCGGCCACACCGACGUGGAGCGUACCCGGCCGUGGGACAGGGACACCAUCGUCACCGUCUUCUCCCUGACGAAAAACGUCCUCAGCCUUGCCGUCCUUAUCCUCGUCGACCGCGGGGUCCUGUCAAUUUCCGACAAGGUCGCCAAGUUCUGGCCCGAGUUUGCCGCCAAAGGCAAGGAGAACGUCGAGAUCCGCCACAUCCUCUCGCACACCUCGGGGGUCUCGGGCUGGGAGUCUGACAGGCCGCUCUCGUUUGACGAGAUCUGCGACCUGGACGCGGCCGCGGACAAGCUAGCCGCGCAGGCCCCGUGGUGGGAACCCGGCACCGCGUCCGGGUAUCAUUCCUGGACUUUCGGGUAUCUGCUCGCCGCCAUCGUCCGCCGGGCCACCGGUUCGACGUUGCAGCAGUUCGUCAUCGAGGAGAUUGUCAAGCCUCUCGGUGCGGACUUCCAGUUCGGAGUGUCCGAGAGCGAUCUGGGCCGGACCACAGACGUCCUCGCCACGGCCAUGCCUCCACUCGGUCCCGGGAUGGGUCCCCAGCCCGGCUCCAUCGCGGCCAAGACGAUGAACCCGCUGCCGAUACCGUUGGAUUUUGGCAACACCCCUGCCUGGCGCCAGGGCAAUAUCCUCUCGGCAAGCGGUCACUCGACCGCGCGAGGCCUGAACCGCAUCCUGUCGGCCAUCAGCCUGGGCGGCUGCGUCGACGGCAAGCGCCUGCUCUCGCGAGAGACGCUUGACCUGGUGUUCGAGGAGCAGUCCAACGGCGUCGAUCUCGUCGUCGGUGCUCCCUUGCGCUUUGGCGUCGGCUUCGCCCUCACGGGGGCCGAAGGUCCCACGGCAUACCUGCCAAAGGGGCGCGUGUGCUUCUGGGCCGGCCUCGGGGGUUCUCUCGCGGUGAUGGACUUGGAUCGGAAGUUGACGAUUACGUAUGCGAUGAACAAGAUGUCGAUGGCGGGCUUGGGAAACGCUGCUGCGAGGUCGUAUGUCAAGGCGAUAUAUGAGGCUUUGGAUGACGAAUGA